AUGGCAUCAAAUCUGUUUCAACUGAGGAGCACCUCACACCUGCUGCAAGGUUCAAUGAAGACUUGUCCGAAUGGCGAGAGCCAAUUUCCUACCUUCUUGACACGGUCGGAUCUUCAGCCUUGUAUGUCAAGCUGGUCCUUUAGCCGAAGCGACCUGCUCCAGCUCGCCUUUUCGCACGCCCAGAUACUUGUUCACAGACCAUUCCUCAUUAAUUCCCUUAAUAGCCUCUCUGGGCAGGUUCAAGAAAAUGGCAGUGGGCGGUUGAGGCAUGAGGAGAUUCGGAAAAAUGUUCAGCUUUGCGUGGACGCCGCCACAGAGAUCACGAAGCACGUCAACUACAUCAACGAUGCCGGCGAGCUCUACAGUACGUUGUUUCUCGUUUCGUAUUACGGAUUCAGUGCAGUGGUUAUACUCUACGUUUUCGCAAUCCAGCGACGUACCGAGACACCAGAGACCUGCCUGGAUUGCUUCCGUCUUGCUUCUCAAUGCCAUGCUCAAAUUGAAAGUAUUGCAACCAAUGGAUCACUUAUGCAGCGCUACGGUGUUGUCCUCCAAGAAUUGCGCCUCGAGGUCCUGCGGAACAAUACGUAUCUCGCGCCUGUCUCAAAUCCCCGCGCUGGAAAUUGUUUGACAUCAAAUGAGAACAACGAGAUCCUUCCUGUGCCAUACCGGCGGUCUCAAUUACGCCCCGAGGGUGGUACCAGCGGGUCGAGACUUGCUGUUGAACAAGCUGCCGAGGGCGCGCCUUUCUGCCGAUCCUUUCCGUGCUUUUCACGUCGGACUCUUCAACAUGAUAAACUGGGCACAAUUCGAUUCACUACUGACAUGAUUCUUUACCUGCCCCAUAGGUCACAGGUGGGACUGGAAAUUUUGAUGCGUUGGUUCACGACGACUCCGCCGAUCUUUGGGGCCACGGCAGCGACGUAA